AAAUAAAAUGAAUAAAAAAGCAAGCAAGCACCAAGAGGAAGAUGAAGCACACGAAGAAGAAUGAGAAGGGAGGCCUGGACCAGGAGCUGCACUGAUCGUCGUAGCUAAGGUUUUUGUACCCAUCUAAUUCAUCACUGAAAUAUUAUAGAAAUCAAACGGUUCUUUUAAGAGCCAAUUUCUUUCUCCUCCUCUCUCUCUCUUUCUUUUUUUUAUCUCUCUCCCUUUUUGUAUUUGUUUGUACUUUGACAUUAUUCAUUAUUUCUCUUUAAAAAAACAUCUUCAAAUGGCAUCGGAGUCGUUCAGGCAGUAUGAGGAAUGGCUGGAAGCAGCAAAAACCAUGGCGGAUGAGUUGGAAGCCCAAAAAACUUCAAAAAAAAGAAAACAAAAGGGAAGUCAAGACUGCAAUGUAUCCUGGAGGAAGAGAGACGAGCAUGGGAACAUCCUACCACAACGUUGAGAAGAAUCGAUCUGUUAAACCUGCUGGCACUAGGGAGCUUGCAGAAGUUGAGGAGAUGCAUAUAAAUGAAAGUCCAGAAGAGGUCCCAAGUCUUGAUCAACAUCUUCAGAGAUUAAAAAACCUACUAAAUUCUGUCACUGUCUCUGCAUCAGAUGAAAUAGAACAAGCACCCACCAUGUCUGUAUGGGCCAAAAGACAGGUCAUGUCUGAAAAAAAAUUUAGGGCUGCAUUGCCAAAGAUCUUAAAUUGCAUGCUGGCUUCAGAGACUGUAACCCAGCAUUGCUGUCAACAGUGCAAGGAUGUUGACGCUGUUGUCCGGUGUCUAGAGUGUGUUCCAUCAGGACGUCAGUUUUUCUGUUCGACAUGUGACUCUGAGAUCCACAGUAAACAUGUGUUCCAUGACAAAGAAGCUAUGAUUGAUGGUUUUUUCAAGCCUAUUCCACCAACAUCAUUAGUGGUGAUUAAUGAAAGUGGCCAAUAUCAACUCCACGAACAAGUGUGCAUGCUUCCUAUUCCUGUGGUCCAAGCCAAGCCUUCACAGUUACCCCAGGAAAGCAGACUGUCUUGGUGACUAUCAACGGAUUAGUGACUUACUUGAAUAUAAAUACUGGCCAGCAACCACCAGCUGCCAAAUGCUGUUCAAGUUUGAUGUGUUCACAUCAUUUGAGCAGAUGAAAUUGGCUAGCCCAGCUUUAUCCCAACAAGCAUUUCUCAAAAUGCUUGAACAUCGAUCACUUUGCACUGGUCGGACGGGUAGUAUUUGUGGUGAUACCUUCCACAGAGUCUUUCGAGAAUUUGCCUUCUGCCGUUUUAAGAAAGAAGAUAUGUGCCUGAUGAAACCCUUUAAAUGCCCAGCAUGCACACCAGACAUGCUGGCUAUAUCUGCGGAUGGUAAUAGAAAACAUUACCGGUUCAAGAAGUCCAAAGGGACAGAUGAACCAUCUCUGCUUGAUGGAUUAUUCAUCGCACAAGAUGCCAAAGUAUCUGCCUUUGUUGACCAAAUCAGAAGCCAGAUGAUUAGUAGGACAGGUCAUGAUGUCUGUGGGCCAGCAACAUUUACAGCAGGCAGAGAAACAUCACAGAAAUCCAGGGCCAAGGUGGAUGAGGAGGGCCUUGAAAUAGCUGUGUGUCGUCAUGGAAUGUUGCUGCAAGGCUUGAAUCACUACCGUGGUGAAAUAUAUGCCUACCCAAUGUUCCUGCAAAAGGAGCUGGCACAAGCUGCAAGUGCAACAUUCUUUUGUACAGACAUUGCUUGCAGGUACUGGCCUUAUUUGGAAACGAUGGCAGAGAAGUUGCCUGAGCUCCUCCAACCACUUACCACAAUGAAGCCUUUUCUCUCUGUAAUGCAUGCUAAGGCUCACACUGGCAAAUGUGAGGUACAGUAUGUAAGGUGGGGCGGUAGAAGUCAGGAUGGUGCAGGAAAUACUGUUGGUGAAGAGGUGGAACAGACUACACAGAGAGCAGAAAUGGAAGCAGCCAAUCUUGAGAGUCUCAAGCAGGAGUUCAGCAUCUCUGUGGAAGAUGUGGACCGGUGGGUGAAAGAUGUCAAGCACUGGGCUGCCACUGAGAAACCCAGUACUCACAGUAGCCAGGAAGAGCUCCAGAGAGAAAUUGCUGAAAUAAUUUAUUCCAUCCGAAGAAAGAAGCAUGAUCUAUAUCGACAAAAUGACAGCAACCAAACAAGGCAGCGCAAACGAAGGAGACUUGGUGAGCUGAAAGAGAUGGUAAGUAAUGUGUUGUAUAUUUGUGCUUUUAUUAAUUCACAAAAUUAUGUCCAUUGUUAAUAUAAGUAAUAACAGUCAGCAAUUUAAGACUGGGUGGUGAAAAAGGUGCAACAUACAGUAAAGAAUGACAUGUUAUAUACUGCUGUUAUCUGUAAUGUUAUUUGACCUUGGACCACAAAACCAGUCUUAAGUGUCAAAUUUUCAAAACAAUACAUCAUCUGAAAGCUGAAUAAAUAAGCUUUCCAGGAUCUGACAAUAUUUGGCUGAGAUACAACUAUUAGAAAAUUUGGAAUCUGAGGGUGCAAAAAAAUAUUGAAAAAAUCUCCUUUAAAGUUGUCCAAAUGAAGUCCUUAGCAAUGCAUAUUACUAAUCAAAAAUGAAGUUUUGAUAUAGUUAUGGUAAGAAAUUUACAAAAUAUCUUCAUGGAACAUGAUCUUUACUUAAUAUCCUAAUGAUUUUUGGCAUAAAAGAAAAAUGGAUAAUUUUGACCCAUACAGUGUAUUUUUGGCUAUUGCUACAAACAUACCCCAGCGACUUAAGACUGGUUUUGUGGUCCAGGGUCACAUAUGAAGUCAUAGUAAAAAUCUGAUUGUUAUUGUUAUUCCUGUAACACAUAUGCUAUACUACAAGUGGUCGUCACUAUACUAUUUAAAUUAGUAUAAUAUAAUAUAUAUUAUUUUAGCUGCAAUAACAGGAUAAAGUCUAGAUGAACGGCGUGAAAUAAAUCUGCCUACUUAUUUGAUAUCCUACAUCAUAGAAUAUGUAAUGCAGCCAAUAUAUUUUUAAAUAAAAGUAGGCAUAUCUUAAUACUGGGAUGAGCAUUUAUACCUUUCUUUGUUAUAUUGUAGUUAGGGUUGGGCGAUGUCUACUAAAUUGGCAUCAGACGAUGUCUACAGUGAAACAUCGCGAUGGACGAUGACAUCAGGGGGCGGGGCCAGGGUAUGAUGAUAAAGCAACAACAUCAUUUAAAUCAGGAACCAGAACAAAUACUCUACAUUGUAUCGCAUUUAUAUGCACAAAUACACUGUCUGUGAAAUCAGAUAUUAUAACGCUUCUGCGGAUAUUGUCUAUCAUGGCAAGUGUAUAAAUGAAAAAAAAUAAAUGCUGAAGUGCUAUCAAACACUCAAAGACAGGCGUUUUAUGCUGAGCACCUGUUGUUUGCAGCUGCCUAAAAACGCUUUGGUGGACACACCACCUAAGUGAUGAGAGAAAGGUCAGAUGCCAUCCUUUCAGCGGGUUUUAGCAUCUUUCCAUUGCUGUAAUACUUAAUUUUAUACUUUUUAUAAAAGCUAUUUAUUUGUUAUAAAGAAAAUUUAUUUUGUCAGACUGUUGAAGUAAAAAGUCCCUGAGACAAAUGCGCUGUCCUGAUUCAGUACCUGUAGUCAGAUGAGAUGGUGCAGCCAGGUCUGUGUCAUUACCUUCAUAACUUGUUACAAAAUAAAAAGUUUCACACCUCAGAAAAAUUAGCUUUAUCCUUUCCUGUCAACACUGUGUGCAGAUUCAGACUAGGGGAAUCACAAUGCCGGCUCAACAUUGUGAUGUCUGUCAGCCAUCUGAGAUGGGCGAUGGCAUCAUUUAUCGGCCCAACCCUAAUUGUAGUGUGAUGUUUCAGUUGUAAAUUAUGCAUAUUGGCUGCAUUAUAAAUUAUAAGCAUAGUUAUGGAUGAUAUAGUUAGUAUAUUAUCUAUAUUAUUACCCAUAUAAAUUGUUCUUGUUGGACAAGUUCUUUAUCAAUAUUACUCUGAAGGCCCGCAAAAUGCCUAAUGAAGACCACUGUGCUAGACGUAAAGCUGAAAUAAGUGUUUUGAAAAAUUUGAAAAAUGGAGGAGAAGAUCAUAAUUGUAAAGGAAAUGACUCAGCACUAUCAACAUCUAAAAAAAGCGCUGGACAAACUGGACAACCUCCUUGGGAGAUUAAGGAGGAAAUGAAGAUCCAUAGUAUGUACCACUUUUUUUUUUUUUAUUAUUCAGUAAUAUGUAAUAAUAUGUUGAUACCGCUAAGCAAGAUGUCAUAGUUUUCUAUAAAUAUUGCUUCCAAUCUAAAAAUAAAUUUAAAUGACCAUUUAAAAUUGCAGCUUGUUAGCUAUUUAGUUUGUUUUUGUUUGUUUUUUGUUUUUUUUUCACAUAACUGUACAGUACAGACCCAGAGUUGAUCAUUCAAGCUGCAGUGCAUUUUUCCAACAAUAUCAUUCAUGAAAUGCUGCCUAAUUAUCAAUGUCAAUUUUCUCAUUUUUUUUUUUUACUUUAGAUUCAACCAGAGAGCUGACCGAAGAAGGGCACAGGGGGCUGUACUGCUGUAUCUUACACAAGCGGCACAUUCUGCAGCAAAACUUGCAGCAGUCACCAGCACCUAUGCCAGUGUCAACACUGACCCUUCUUUCUUCAUGCUGGAGGAAGAUGUUGAAGAGGAAAGUGAGGACAACAACAAUCUAGAACUUUCUGAAGAAGAGUUUUAAAAUGUUAGCACAAACUUUGGAAGCAUUGCAUUCAGCAUCUUCCCAAAAGACCCUUGAGUUUCGACUCAUGAAAUAAUUUUUCAGAUUUAUUAAAAAAUGAAUAAAUAAAUGUCAUUCUA